AUGGCAAACCAAGGAGUAACAUGGCAUUUCAUACCACCAGCAUCUCCACACUUCGGCGGACUCUGGGAAGCUGGAGUGAAAUCAGUCAAGCUUCACCUAAAAAAGACAAUUGGCGACACCCAUCUUACGUAUGAAGAAUUCACAACCUUACUUUCAAAAAUAGAAGCUUGUCUCAACUCCAGACCAUUAUGUCCAAUGACUGGUACUCAAGAAGAUUUAGAAUCGUUAACACCAGCUCAUUUCUUGAUCGGCUUAAAUAUGUUCUGCAGAGAUACAGACAACGUUCUCGAUACAAAAGAGAACAGACUGACACGAUGGGAAUAUUUAAAUAAACUAAACCAACAAUUUUGGAAGAGAUGGUCAUCGGAAUAUCUCACAAGACUACAAAAACGUCCCAAAUGGACAAAUACAUCAAAUAACAUUGCUAACGGUGAUCUGGUCCUUAUACGAGAAGAUAACAUUGCUCCAGCAAAUUGGUGUAUGGGUAGAGUUCAAACAACAUAUCCUGGAAAAGAUGGAUAUGUCCGAGUUGUUACAGUUAAGACUCCAUCUGGAUAUUUAACGCGUCCAAUAACUAAAAUAUCCAAAUUAGCAACAGAUGCACCAAUAAGAACUGAACCAAAUAAGAAUGCAAUAGAACAGAAUCCAGAAAUGGGGAGUACAAUCGAUAAAAACCCAGUCGUAAACCCGAAACCAACUAACAUGCCACCAUCUUCAGUCACCAAUUCUAAAACCAAGAAAAAUCAUUAA